GGAACCAAAAUACUCAACACAUUUUAACAUCAGUUGUCAAUGUAACUAACUAAUGCUAUGAACUGGACUGUAGAAACAUACCGAUCAGAAAGCAAGGGUACACACUUUCAUCAUGUUAAUGCCGUAAAGAUAUUUUUAGAAUAUUUGAAUAAGCAAAAGCGAAGGACAUUCAUCCAACUGCCACUGCAGACAGCGGAUAAAUCUCUUUGAAUUAUUUUAAUUUAAUCAUGGCAGGUUCGGUAUGAAAAAAAAUAUGUAUCUUCCUUUUGAUUUAAAAACCCAGUAAGCAAUACUUAAAAGGUUAAAUAUUUAAUAAUAUAUUGGAAAUUUGUCAAGUUAUCAAGCUACUCACUUCUGGAGCCGAACUCGGCUUCAUAAUUGCCGGAAGGUGGCGCUGUCAAUUUUUAAAAAUAAGAUUCUGGAAAGGAAGUACCGUAGAAGGUGGGUUGGCCAGGGCUAGUGCUAAUUCUGCUGCUCACCGUCCAAAAGCACCGUUUAAUACUCGAUAGUAAUAGUGAUAAAGGAAUUAAUUGUUCACGAUGUCGGAGAGAAAGUCCUCCAGAAGCCGAGAAGAGCGGCGGGAGUCCGGGCGACGCAGGGAGGCCAAAGACGAGGCGGAGAAGCUGAUCGUGCACAGCAAAAAGAUGAACCAGGAGGUGCAGGAGAGAAAGCACGUAGACACGUUCUAUGAAAAACCUCCCCCCGGACUGAUAAAGGAGGAAGAGGACAAGCCCGAGGACUGCAUUCCCAACGAGCCGGGGAAUGAGGGCGCCAGGAACUUCCUGGCCCAUGCGCCCACCAAAGGCCUCUGGAUGCCCCUCGGGAGGGAGGUCAAGGUGAUGCAGUGCUGGCGGUGUAAAAACUACGGGCACCGGACAGGGGACAAAGAAUGUCCCUUCUUCAUCAAAGGAAACCAGAAGCUGGAGCAGUUCAGAGUUGCACACGAAGACCCCAUGUACGACCUGAUCAGGGAGAACAAGCGCAACGAAAAAGAAACAAGGAUUCAGCAGCUGCGCCAGCUGCUGGAGGACACCACGUCCGACUCGGCCAGCAGCAGCGGCUCCUCGGACCACGUCCGGCACAAAAAGAGGAAGAGGAAGGAAAAGAGGAAGAAAGAGAAGAAGAAAAAGAGGAAGAAGAAGCACAAGUCCUCCAAGGAGGGCGAGAGCUCUGCGUCAGACUGAUGACCAGGCUGCGGCCCCUGGCUCGGCUCCCCAGAUGUGCCUCGUCCUGCUCUCCAGCUCCUCUCUGUCCAUCCCUCUACUCUGAUCGUCACUCAGUAGCACACGGAAGACGAGCCCCCAGCCCAGCGAGGGUGGGGGGACAGCAAGGCAGAGUCCUGAAUCUGUAUGGAACAGCAGCCUGGGAACAUCAGAGGCUCGCGGGAGAAGCGAAUGCGAUUGUCCACGGCUGAAAUGCGAAAGCUUACGGAGAUGUAUUUUGAAAACCGCAUCCAAGGCUCAAGGAUAGGAUGCUGUGCAUGUAUUGCAGCCGUUAUCUUUCUGCAUAUUAUUUGUAUGAUUUCUGUUUUCUCUAGGCAGUGUUUGGAAAUGUAACUUUAUAUUAUCUACUGAGUUAAGGUGUUUCGUCUGAGUUGUGAAUGGUAGCAUCAGCCGACCUCCCUAGCAUACGUUAGAGAUUGCGUAAUUGCACAUGAAUAAAUGAAAUACACACUGACCAAGGAUUCCUGGUCUGCGUUUGCUGAUUCAUGCAAAAAUAAAGCAUAAUUCAAAUCUGAUGUACGGUGCUUUGUGCCGAAUUUUUUGGAACUGGAUUUUAAUGCUUCGUAACAAUUUAACAUUUGCACUAUUGGCUAGAAUUGUAUAUGAGAAAUGGUAUGCAUUUCCCUAAGCCUCCGGCUCAGUGUGGCCCUGUCCUGGAUCAGUAACACACAGGCUGUGGGUUGUGUGUGGCUCAAGGAUAGGAUGCUGUGCAUGUGAUUGGAAGGUUGCAGGCUCAAAUCACUGGGUUGGCUGGGUGAUCCCAACAUUGGGCCUUUGGGCAAGACCCUUAACGCCAGGUGCUUCAGAGACUGUCUGACCCUGUAUUCUCAAAUGAAUGUUUGCUUUGGAUAUGUGUCUAUUAAAUAAAUGUAAAUAUGGAUACA